UAGAAGCACUCUCUAAAUCUGUAACAGAACAAAGUAUUCCAACAGCAAUGGAAACUGCAGUAGCCAUCUCUCUCACUCUGUCCAUACUCACAGGUCUCUGUGCCGGUCAGGGUGUGUUACCACAAGGCCCUGUGAAUGGAGCAAAAGGAGGGACAGUGAUGUUCAUCACAAAUCUAAGUCCACCAGCCCAGCCGUUCAUACAAAUAUCCUGGAGUGUUGGUGGAGCCAAUAUUAUAACAUCUACCGAUGAUGACACUAUAGGGCCUGGAUACGGAGACAGGAUCACUCUGAACAACAAUACUUGGUCUCUGGAGCUCAGGAAUCUGACCCUGGAUGACAGUGGAGAAUACAGACUGGCUAUAACAACAGCUACAGCUGAAACAAUCAAUGGAUCAACUAAACUGGUUGUGUAUGAGAAUGUAUCUGAUGCCAACAUCACAGGACCAACAAACCAUCUGUUUGCAGAUGCGAGCUCCGCCAACUUAACCUGUGAGGCUGCUGGUAACAUCACUGCUAUACAAUGGAUGAAGGAAGGUCAGCCUCUGUCUGCUGGUGGCAAUAUAUUCUUCUCAGAGGAAAACAGGAAAGUAUCCAUCAGUCCUGUGAAGAGACACGACGGCGGAGAAUACCUGUGUAAACUCAUCAACCCUGUCAGCUCUGCUACUGCCUCCUAUAGCAUGAUAGUGAACUAUGGACCAGACUCUAUGACCAUCCUGGGCGAACACAUCGCUGAGGUGGAGUCAUUCACCCUCAUUUAUUGCUCUGUUCAGUCUGUACCGCCUGCUGCGUUCACCUGGUUGUUCAAUGGGCAACAGACAGGUGUACAUGAAGCUGGAUACAUCAUAAAGAGUGUCAGCUACAACAACAGCGGGGACUACCGAUGUCAUACUAGGAAUGAUCUCACCGGACAAGUCGUCUCUAUGGGCCAUAGUCUGUCAGUGAAAGAGAAAGCCCCUCCACCCCUAAGCCCAGAGGGAGCAGCAGGUAUAGCAGUCGCUGUGAUGUUGGUAGUGGUUGCUGUGGCUCUUGGUCUCUAUUUCGGCAUAACCCAUCAUUGGAACAAGAAAGGGAACAACAAACAGAAAGCAGAUACAGACACACUGUCCCAGACAGAGGAUAUGUCCAUGUCCAGCUCUGACAAAGGACGUGAGGGGCACAAACUGACCACCCAAAUCCAGGACAGAACCCACGAUCACAAGCAACCGCAACCAGCCACCAGCCAUACUGUAGCCACCAGUCACACACCAGGAACCAAAGCUUCUGCAGGUGUACACGAGUAUGAGUGUGUAGGAAAUAAGAAAGCUGGAGCUCCAACACCACCUCCAAGAGGAAAACUUCUGACCAGACAAACCAACACUGACACUGGCUCCAACAUAUACAAUAAAAGUAUAAAGUGAGAACAGCUGAUCUCAAUUACAUAUCUUCAGUUGGCUCUGGACUUCACCCAUCAAGUUUUACACCUUAGUCAAGUAAACAUGGGCACAACA